GCCGAUCAGAUCAACUCGAUCAUCCCGAUCACCCAAAUUCCCCGAUCAGGCCCGACCAUGCUCGACUAAAGGCGAAUACACGACUUCUUCUCGACCUCUUGUCGAUCACACACGAUUUCCACACGAUUAUUCACGACUCCUUCACGACGUCAACCCGACCACCUUUCCGAUUUCCGCUCGAUCAUCCCGACCUUUACACGAUCCCUACACGAUCUCAACUCGACCUACUGGAUCUCUGCUCGAUCGGUGUCAGAUCUUUCCCCGACCCGAUCGUCAUAGUCGUACUCGAGUCGUAGAAGGUCGUGAACAGUCGUGUACCAAAACUUUUAGAAUAAAAACUUCAAACAGUGUUGAUCAUUAUCACUUCAUCCUGAAACUUCAUGGUAUAUGUUGUGUCCAGCAUAGUAUACAUAUUUAUGGAGAUUGAGCAGUUGCAGAUGUGGGCCAGAUGGUUAGAGCUCCAGAGAGACAGGGCCAUUGCAGUGCUAGAGUUGGAACAAGAGGAAGAGGCUGAGGGUCGUAGGCAUAGACGUAGGCGACAAAUGCGCAGGAAAAUAUGGAUGAAGCAGUGGCUUGCACGACGACCCCUGUAUGGGCAUUAUGAGCAACUGCUACAGGAGCUAAACAGGGAAGACCCAAAAGGAUACAAAAAUUUCCUAAGGGUAGACGCUGAUAUGUUUGGGGAGCUUGUUGAUCGCAUAUCACCCAGAAUUCAGAAAAAGAACACCAACUUCAGGGAAGCCCUGGAGCCUGGAUUGAAGUUGGCGGUCACUCUUCGUCAUCUCGCAACUGGAGCCUCGUAUUCAGACUUGAUGUACUCAUUCCGAGUGGGAAGUAACACAAUAAGUAAAUUCGUCCCUGAAGUUUUGGAUGCUAUAAUACAGGAGUACUCUGAAGAGGUUUUGCCAGACGUCGUCACUGCUGAACAAUGGCAGCAGAUUGCAGAUGACUUCCGAACCAAGUGGAAUUUUCCUCAUGUCUGCGGGGCUCUUGAUGGUAAGCACGUGAGGAUAAAGAACCCGAAGAACUCUGGAUCUCUGUUCUAUAACUAUAAAGGCUUCUUUUCCAUAAUACUACUCGCACUCGUAGACGCAAACUACAAAUUCAUCUGGGUAAGCGUUGGUGCUAAUGGCAGUGCAUCCGAUGCCCAGCUAUUCAAUAACACUGAACUCAGAACCAUGCUAGAAGAAAACAACCUUGGUUUGCCUGACCCUGAUCCACUGCCUGGCGAUGACAUGAACACCCCAUACUUCCUCAUUGGAGAUGACGCCUUCCCGUUGAGAACUUGGAUGAUGAAGCCAUACUCCAGACGCAACUUGACCAACGAGGAGCGCAUAUUCAAUUACAGGUUGUCCAGGGCUAGACGAGUGGUAGAAAACGCCUUCGGUCUUCUCGCUAUGCGGUUUCAGUGCCUACUUGGCUGCUUGAACCAGAUGCCCGAAACCGUUGACUUGAUUAUUCUUGCAUGUGUCACACUGCAUAACCUUAUCAGCAUACGGUACCCUGCCAUUGCAAGACUGGCCGUCGACCAAGAGGACGAGCAUAACCAAUUAGUACCUGGUGAAUGGCGCCAAGGAAGACAGUUGGCUGAUGGUGAUCGGACCCAUGGAAGAAAUGUGGUGACAUCCGCUGGGGUCAGUCAGAGGAACUACAUUAAACACUACUUCAACUCCCGAGCUGGUUCAGUUGAGUGGCAACAGAAUAUGAUUUAGUGUGUUAGUUACUUUGGAAAGAUAUUUUGAUGAAGUGUAUAACCUAUAUGAUGCGAGUAUGCACAAGUUAUGUAGUUAUUAAAGUGAUUUCCGAUAUGUUUAAGUAUAUUAUAGUAAGUCAUCUUCUAUUUGGAUAUGAUAGUUUCCAUGAUAUGUUUGUUAAUGGAGGAAAUAAGCUUCAAGUAUACAUGUAUAUACAAUAGAGUUGAUUGUUUGUUUCUUGAUUUUAUGCCCUUUUUCGAAGUAUUUCAAUCAUAUCACGGUGGUGAGUUAACUUAGAACAUGACCUAAGUCGGCAACAAGAAAUAGCCACAUACCAGUAAUUUACAACUUUCAUUUAUAGUUCACCCUAGUUUCUGAGCCAAUCACCGUCCAGAGAUUUUUCAAAUUUCUGCUCGAAUAUGUUCCAUAUAAGAACACUUCUGCACAAAUAAGUUCGUAUUAUAACUAGGUCAGCAGACAUGGCGCGCGCCAAAUAGCAAGCCCAGCCUACUGUCUGGAACGACAGAAGUGUCGAUUCAAAAUGACGUCACUUCUGCUUUAUCAAGCGGUAGUUACGUCAUUUUGAAUCGAUAACGACUUAUCCAAGUUACCGUUCAACCAAUUGGCGCGCUGUAUACGGAUGGCGUGAUUUUCCCCCGAUCACAUGACUUUAAUUGAAGGCACAGGAAUGAUAGUGGGCGGGGUUAACUAUAAGUCGGUCAUAGUUCAUAUAAUGGAAAAAUAAACAAACUUAAUACGGCGCUUCGCUUCGCUCGCUUGUAUUAAAUUUGGUUAUUUUUCCAUUAUAUGAACUAUAACCUACACGUAUAGGACAAGUUGCGGUAGCAGACAUCUCUUCAUAAGGUCGAACGUUUUAACUACCAGAACACAACGCUCACUUUUAAUUGAUUGAUUAAUUGUUUAGGGGCUGAAGAAAAAUAUUAAAUUUUAGAAUACAUGUAUUCUUAAGUAAUUGCUACCAGCAUGACCAGCCUUGUUUUGUUAUAACAAUACACAUUUAAGUUCAACUUUUAAUACUGACAGAAACCUACAUAAUAACAGGGUUAUUUUGCCUUAUGCCAAAAGUAAGCUAAUUAAGUUUCUAAGUAAGAUAAAUUGCUAUCCAAACAAAUUUUACGAACAGUUUACAUUGAUUUACUUAAGAAGACUCAACAGUCAACAGUAAUAUUUAUCAAGAAUGAGGCUAUUUAACCUUUAUUCAAAGUAAAAACCAAAACGUCGAAAAACUAAAUUCACAAUGCACAUAAACUUGAGUAAAAUCACAUCAUCAAAUCACUUGGCUGGUUCAACCAUUUUCCAGUUACUUUGUUCAGUCCUUGGGUGCGUCAUGCAUCUCCUGGGUUAGGAUGGGGGAACUAUUUGGUGUCGAGACCAUAUCCAUAGCCUGGCGG